UGCGCGCGCGCCGGGCCAGCAACACGCGACCCGUGUUCGAAUUUCAAAUUUUCGAAAAAUGGAAUCGUAACCGCGAAUGCAAUUCAAAUAGAAAAUGGCCAGUGUUCGGACUUGUUAACUAUUAUUUUUGUUUUAGAUUUUUUUUUAAUUAUAACAUUCGUAGACUGUUGAACGGUGUGUAAAUAGUUGUAGAAAAGACAAUAAACUUAGCAGUGUGAUUGUUUAGCGUAUCGGCAGAUUUCAGUUUGCGUUUUCAGUUAGACGAGCCCUGUAAAUUGGUCGCGACGACACUCUUGUUUGUUUUCAUCGAAAGUGACUCUGCUGUGACAUUUGAAAACGAUAGUAUUCGUAAUUGAGGCAGUGCGCAUGCGUGUCGCCUAGUGAAAUUUAUUGACUUAGCGAAAUUUUGAAAAUUAACAUAUACAUUGUGAAGUGCAUGUGGGAUUACAUAGCGCACUGUCAGCUGUUUUACAUUCAAAAUUCACACCAAAGAAAUAAAGAUGAACCAAAAGUGCAAAGUUUGUGGAGAACCGGCGGCAGGGUUCCAUUUUGGCGCUUUCACCUGUGAAGGAUGCAAGUCGUUCUUCGGCCGUUCAUACAACAACCUGAACUCCAUCACUGAAUGCAAAAACAAUGGGGAAUGCGUCAUCAACAAGAAGAACAGGACCGCGUGCAAAGCAUGCCGUCUCCGGAAAUGUCUCAUGGUGGGCAUGUCUAAAUCCGGGUCCAGAUACGGCCGGAGGUCCAACUGGUUCAAAAUCCACUGCCUCCUACAGGAACAGCAACAAGCCGCUCAGUCAAGGUCACCGCCGCGAGUGCCUCCUUCGCCACAUCACUUAGCGCCGCCAUUUCCACCUCAUCUCUUCCCAGGACUGGCGAGACCGCGGACGAAAGAGGAACUCGCAUUAUUAGGCCUCGAUGAAUACAAACCCUGCUCAGGCUCCCCUGACUCGCACCGAAGCGGAUCCUCACCGAAGCUUGAUGAGAAAGCAAGGAUCACGCAGUCACGGCCGUCGGAUAGACCGCUAACGCCGCCCAGAGACGCCUUUGUCCCAUUACCCUUAGCCAACAUAGCUUCCUUGCCCCAUUUUCCCCACUCGCCGUUCUUACCACCGCCGCCUUUUAGCCCGUUCGCUGCCAACCACCCCUUGCUGUUCCCGCCUGGUUUCCAUCCAAUAUACUCAAGGCAUCUGCUUGACCACGCAGCCUUGCGGCAGGCGGCAGAAAACAACAACGAUGUACGAAUCGAUGAUCAUAAUGCUGAUUCCUCAAAGCGGUUCUUCUUGGACGAAAUUCUAAAACAACAGAGGUCCACGCAACCAACGCCACAAGAAGAUACCUUCUCAGAAGCUGAAUUUGUUCCCACGCCUCCUGCUGAGCGAAGAACGUCUGAAUCUCCGCUACAGGAGAAUCCAAUGGAUCUGUCUGUCAAAUCAGAUGGGAGGUCAAGUUCGGCCCGCAGAAGGUCAGAUGACAGUGAAAUUAUAACUCCUGAUAACGAUGAUGGCGAGUCAGCGAGCGGUGUCGGCUCUGCUAGCGAAGAAGAAGACAUGUCCUACUCACAAAUAAAGAGAAUCAAACUCCACCCGUUGGACCUAACGACCAAAGUGUGACAGCACGCGACGCGUGUAGUGCCGGUGUAAGACAUUAUAGUACAUCAGUGAAUAAUUUAAGGCCAGUAAAUCGGAUUGUGAUUUUAAAAAUAAGUAGAAAAGACAAUCAGAAUCAGAUGUUUUGUGAAUUGUUAUUGCAUGAAUAAAGAGUCUAUCCAAA